AUGAGUUGCACGGGUGUACUCAUUGUUCACUGGGUACGAGAGAUGUACUUCUACAAGCUGCUAAUUACUAGCCAGUCUUGGAAACUUUCAAUUAAGGACUUUGACAUUGGGCGUCCCCUAGGAAAGGGGAAAUUCGGGAAUGUGUACCUGGCAAGAGAGAGGAAGCUAAAGGUCAUUGUGGCAUUAAAGGUUCUAUUUAAAUCCCAGAUGGAGAAGGAAGGAGUAGAGCAUCAGUUGAGGAGGGAAAUUGAGAUCCAAACCCAUCUAAGGCAUCCUAACAUCCUGUGCUUCUACAAUUACUUCCAUGACUCCUCACGAGUGUUUCUCAUUCUUGAGUAUGCCCCACGGGGAGAGAUGUAUAAGGAGCUCCAGCGCUGUGGACGAUUUGACGACCAGCGUACGGCUACGUACAUGGAGGAGUUAGCAGAUGCUCUGAUGUACUGCCAUGCAAAGAAGGUGAUCCAUCGUGACAUUAAACCAGAGAAUCUGCUCCUUGGCUUUCGUGGAGAGCUGAAGAUUGCUGACUUUGGCUGGUCUGUUCAUGCACCCUCACUACGACGCCGUACCAUGUGUGGCACACUGGACUAUCUGCCCCCAGAGAUGAUCGAGGGCCAUUCUCAUGAUGAGAAGGUGGAUCUGUGGUGUAUUGGAGUUCUGUGUUAUGAGUGCCUUGUGGGAAACCCCCCAUUUGAAACAGCCAGCCAUUCCGAGACAUACAAGCGAAUCACAAAGGUCGACCUCCAGUUUCCUAAAGUGGUCUCAGAUGGAGCACGAGAUCUGAUCUCUAAGCUGCUGCGUCAUAGCCCGUCCAUGCGCCUGCCACUCAAGAGCGUCGUGGAGCACCCGUGGGUACGAGCCAACUCUCGCCGCGUCCUCCCGCCUGUGUGCAACCCCUGA